AUGGCAGGAGCGACGAUCGUGCGAUCCAUCAGUGGUGCGAUCCUGCCCGUCUUCAGUGACUCGCUCUUCAUCAACCUCGGUUACGGAUGGGGUGGGACGUUGCUGGCUUUGGUGUCACUCGUAAGUGUCUGAUAGAUGCCGUUAUUUCUGUUCUACCACAGCGACUGAUCUGAGUGUUCCCUUACAGCCCGCCGUGCCCGCUCCUUUCGUUCUGUUUAUGUACGGUCAGAGGCUUAGGGAACGCUACAAGUUCCAGCCUUGA